UGCCCCUGGUACUUGUCGAGGAAAAACCUUUGUUUCAGGGUCAAUCGGAAGGGAUCUCAAUGCGAGAUUGUCAAAAUUGAGAGUUUCCAAAGUUGACAUGUUGGUUGCUAAUCUAUGAAAUCCAGCAAUGCAUCUCCAUGUACAGAACGCUGAAGUUCCCACGAGAUUACGAAAUAAUUUAGAUUUAAAUGAAUAUCUGUGGUCUCUUCUUUCCAAUCUCGCGAUUGCUGUGCCAGUUUCAGCAGCGAAUCUCCGAAACAUUGAAAUCCAAUGCAAAAUCCAUGCAGUGUUUACAAAACACUUCACUUCCGGUAAGCAGCGCCAUCUGUUCAUUCGAGUGAAAAUUGCAUUAUACAAUAAUCUAAACGUACUGACACGCGUAGCAAACCAUCUUCAUACAUUUUAUAUACAAUAUAACAGAGUUUUCGUUUGCCAGAAUAUAUCGUAUUUAAUCUUUCUUAACGGGGUGUGUGCCUAUACCUUUUCUUCAAACAAAACGAAAGUACUCACUUCCGGUCCUCUUUCUCAGGAAGUGAGUUAUCGCCCUUUACACACGUGCGUGAUUUUCACUUUACCGGCAAUAUUGUUGACAUUUCACAUAAACCGUGGUAAUUUCGGAAUGAAGCUUCACACGAAUCCGUGGAAUUUUAAUUCCUUGAAGCUUUUGGCAGCAGCAGAACUAUCAGGAAUCAAACUAGAAGUGGUGGAAAGAAAACACGACGAUAAGGUGGUGCCCUACCUGACAAGGAACACCUUGCCUGUACUAGAAGUCUUCCCAAACAAAUUCCUCUUCUCUGUUGGAGCUGCCACAAGGUACCUACUGAACCAGCAGUCGCUGAGUCCAGAGGAUGACAGCACGGUGGACAGAUGGCUGGAAUGGGACAGUAAUCAGUUACAGCCAUCGUUGGUACCAUACCUUGUGAGUGUGAUCGGCCAGAACAAACCAGAUGCCUUCCUCCUGUCUCAGAUACAGACCUUACUCAAACUCCUAAAUACGGAGCUCAAGGGCCGCCAGACUCUCACCAAGACUGGGAUAACAGCAGGGGACAUAACUCUUUGGGGUUCAUUGUACCCCAUUUUUAAACCAGGCAAAGCCAGUAUUAAAGGUUGGGAGGGCCUGUACCCUAACAUCAAGGCGUGGUUCUGUAGAGUAGAGGAGGAGCCAGCUGUACAGAAAUCUAUAUCUGUUGUGGUCGGGGGCAAAGAUACUGGUGUGUUUAAGGAUUCUCUGCUGGCCCAGCCUGUCCCGUUGUCCCCACCUACUCCUUCAUCUCUUAAGCCAGACAAGGUUGUGGCUGACUCUAACAAGAAGCAACAAAGCAAAGGCAAACCGGAGAAAAUGGAGGCUGAUCCUGCUGAGAGUCAGAUCCUGGCUGCCAGACCUGUAACUCCAGAAGAAUUAGCUGCUGCUGUGAAGGCGUGGAAUUCUGGGAAGGGCUCCAGUCCAAAAGUCAGAGAAAGGGUCCACCCUGUCUUGCCUAAGGACGGUGAGAGGAAUAUCAUGAUAACCAGUGCCUUGCCCUACGUAAACAACGUACCGCAUCUAGGGAACAUCAUCGGCUGUGUCCUUAGUGCUGAUGUCUACUCCAGAUACUGUCGACUGCGGAACUACAAUGUAUUCUAUCUCUGCGGGACUGAUGAGUAUGGCACCGCCACGGAAACCAAGGCCAUAGAGGAGGGUCUUACUCCGCAGCAGAUCUGUGACAAAUACAACAAGAUACACAGCGACAUCUACGAGUGGUUCAACAUCGACUUCGACUACUUCGGCCGUACUACCACCACCCAACAAACCAAAAUUGCCCAGGAUAUAUUUUGGAAGCUGUACAACCAGGGCCAUAUCCUGAAGGAUUCGAUGGAACAGCUCCAGUGUGUGAAGUGUAACAGGUUCCUGGCGGACAGGUUUGUGGAGGGUACAUGUCCACUCUGUAACUUUGACGACGCCCGUGGCGACCAGUGUGAUGCGUGUGGCAAACUCAUCAACGCCACCGAACUCAAGUCUCCCAAGUGUAAACUAUGCAAAUCCACGCCAAUAGUGAAGACAUCUGAUCAUCUGUUCCUGGACCUACCCAAGAUGGAGCCAUUUCUACAGAAACACCUGGACAGUGCUUAUAGUACUGGAACAUGGAGCAACAAUGCCAAAAAUAUAACCAAUAGCUGGAUCAGGGACGGACUAAAGCCACGCUGUAUCAGUCGGGACCUUAAGUGGGGUACACAGGUGCCUCUCGAGGGGUACACGGACAAGGUAUUCUAUGUGUGGUUUGAUGCUCCUAUUGGCUACAUCUCCAUUACGGCUAACUACACAGACCAAUGGGAGAAAUGGUGGAAAAACCCAAAACAGGUGGAGAUGUACAACUUCCUGGGGAAAGACAAUGUGCCAUUUCACUCUGUCAUCUUCCCUUGUACAUUACUGGGAGCUGACGACAACUACACCAUUGUCAACCAUAUGGUGGCUACUGAAUACUUAAACUAUGAGGACGGGAAGUUCUCCAAGAGUCGUGGAACUGGUGUGUUCGGUAACAACGCCCGGGACACCGGGAUCCCCGCAGACAUAUACAGGUUCUACCUUCUGUAUGUACGGCCAGAGACACAGGACAGCAGUUUCAGCUGGGACGAUUUCUUACUGAAAAACAACAGUGAGCUUCUCAACAACCUCGGCAACUUCAUCAACAGAGCCCUUAUGUUUGUGAGUAAUAACUUUGACGGUACCAUACAAGAGAUGAUUCUAACUGAUGAUGACAACCAGCUCCUGGUCCAGGUCACACGGGAGCUUCGCACAUAUAUAGAAAACAUGGAGCAGGCAAAGAUCAGAGAUUCCAUAAGGAACAUUCUGAGUAUCUCUCGCCUCGGUAAUCAGUUCAUGCAGGCCAACCAACCCUGGGUCCUCGUCAAAGGCAGUGAUGCUGACAAGAAGCGUGCUGGAUCAGUGGUCAGUUUGGCGGCCAACAUCUCCACCCUGCUCUCUGUGUUACUACAACCAUACAUGCCAGCCACCAGUGAAACCAUCCAAAAGCAGCUCAACUGCCCUAAGGAGGCCAAUGUAGUCCACCCAGAGUUCCUGUGUCAUCUCCCACCCGGCCACAAGAUAGGACAGCCAAGCCCAUUGUUUGAGAAAAUAGCAGCAUCAAAGAUGGACGACUUGAAAAAGAAGUUUGCUGGAGAGCCAGCCCCAGAGAAAAAGGAAACUAAGUCUUCAAAGAGAACAGGUGGUGAUGCUGCUGCUGCUGCCAGUGGACCCUGUGACCCUGUAGAGGUGGCCAGACUCACAGACGAAGUCGCGAAACAGGGUUUGGUGGUGCGGGAUCUGAAAACCAAGAAAGCUGAUAAGAGCGAGAUUGAUGCACAAGUGGCCAAGUUACUAGAUCUCAAAAAGAGGCUGGCACUCGCUCAAGGUCAAAACUCUGUCCCUGCUGCAGGGGGGAACAAAAAGAAAGAUAAAAAGUCAGCCAAACAACCUGCUAGUGGUCAGGGCAGUGCUCCUCCGGCCAGUGUAGCACCACCCGCUUCAUCUAAUGCACCUGGAAGUUCAGCAGAGGUCGACCGACUGACAGAAGAGGUCUCUAAACAGGGAAUUAUGGUGAGAGAUUUGAAAAGCAAGAAAGCAGAGAAGAGCCAGAUAGACGGCGAGGUUGCUAAACUUCUAGACCUGAAAAAACAGCUGGCACUGGCCCAAGGUCAGGACCCCAAUGCAGCUGUAGGGGGAGGUAAAAAGAAGGGCAAGAAGAAGUGAAAAGGGAGGAAAUAACAGCAGCCAGACUGAAUUAUUUUGGAGUUCAGACAGAAGUAGUUGUCAGUAAUGAUGUAGAACAUAAAAAGGGGAGGAAACUUUUUAUUUAAUGAUGAAAACUUUCAUUUCAACUUGUGUUAAGUUUAUUUAUUGGCCAGAUAGAAAUAGAUGUGCAAUGGUUUGAUACACUUUUGAAACUGACUACCUCCCCAAAAUGUAUCCAUUUGUUCAUUUUCUCUGUAGUAUAUAAUGUUAAAAAAUUGAUAAAAUCAGAUAGAUAUGCCUGGUAUUAAACUGGAAAGUGAAUGAUUAUUUAUGAAAACUAAAAAUACUUGCCAUCAACCGAUCUAGUAAUCAUACUAUGUUAUUAAGUACUAUCUUCCUACUGAGACUUCAUUUAACUGACCACUGGCUACAUGUGUUGGUCAUCAGCUCAAACUCAGUUUUAUGGUUGUAUUUAAUUGUUUCGUAAUUAAUGUUUAGUGCAAUUUGUCACCACAAAUCUGUUGGUUCCAAUAUAGUUACCUAAUGGUACAAGUGUUGAUGCUAUUUAUUUCUUAAUGAGCAGUGAUAGGUAUAUAUAAUUUUACAUAGAAUGAAAUAAAAGUAAU